UAUAUACAAAAUAAGUUCAUCCACCAAAAUAAUAUUGUUUUAUUUGAAACUGCCAAAAUAAUAUAGUUAACCAAUACAAACUCUUUAGAAAUGAAUUCAUCGAUCAAAAUGUCAAUGUAAUUUCUAUGCUUGUUAACGGAUCAAUUUUAUUGUUUGGAUCACGUUUACGUUUGUGUAAUUUGAUUCUUGGCUUCCCAUUUUACGUCUUUUCACUAAAUAUUCCAAAUACGGCUUGUAAUUUUUCUUCUGUGUGCGUUAUGUACUUACUUGUGGUGAUGUUUGUUCAAGAUUUGGUUUCGAUGUUACUUCUCUCUCGCCCAGAUCCAGAUCCGCCGCCUCUUAAUCUUCCUCCAGAUCCGCUCGUCGUGGCUCCUCGCUUUGAUCCUCCAGACCCUUCAGACCCUCCAGACCCACCAGACUUGUCUCUUUCUCGAUGUCAACCUCCCCUCUCUGUUGAUGUCGCAUUAAAGACUAGUGGCUUAGCCGGUUCAGCUGUGGUGUCUUUUGGAGUGUGUCUCUCUACUGGUUGGUGCAGCCUUCUCCCCGGUCUCGUUUUCCAGUUGGAGCUAUGGCUUUCCUCCGCAAGAACCUGCUCUUCCCUCGUCUUAGCUACUGUUGACGCGGGACGUCCUCCUCCGUUUACAGAUCUACUAAAUCCAUCAGUUCCUCUCGCCAUUCUGCUGUGUGCUUUGGAUAUUAAGUGUCGGUAUGACUUUUUGUUCAGUCUGACAGAUGGUUCUUUUAUGCCUCUCGUUGGCAAAUCUCUCGCCUUGGUGCGAUUCACUACUGCAGUAUGCAGUCCCUUACCUAGUCUCACUCAAGAUAUUGAGAGCUUAAUGAUUAUUUUUUCAUGUGAGAUUCUAUCCUCGAUGGUUGUCUCUUCAAGUCCAGCAUUCUGUCUCGACAGAUCUGUGUUCUCAGCCUUGUCAUGUUCUGCAUUUAUGCUUCUCAUGUCUUCAGGCUUGAGCCAUCCUCUCCCAGUCCCAGUGUCUUCUCCUUGUGGGUGGCUUUCUCUUCCUCUGUGGCAGGUUGAAGAAUUAGUACUUGAGCUGUCCAUUCAGCGGUUGAAUAUUGUUGUUUUAUCGACAUUGUUCUUUGUGGAACAUGUUUUCUUCCCUUACUUUCCACUUCUGUUUAGUGGUUGUGUUGCAGGAAGUAUUGUCUCGAAGCUUACAGACACUUUGUUGUCUAGACUUCGUAAAGGCUCAGCAAAUUGGUGUCAUGUCACCUAUGCAUUAACAGCCAUUUUCUUGAUUGUUAACUCAACACCUGUUGUUGUUUCAGUCUCGGGUUAUAGAUCACUCAAUGUGCUAUCUAAAUCUCAUUCCAGCAUUUCAAACCUUGGUAGUUUUGACGUUGAGGUUAGAGGACUCCUCCACGACUUUAGCUACUUAGGUGUGAUAAUUGCUCUUAUCCUUUGUAUGUUUGUUCUCCGCUUUGUUAUAGCGGUUUGUUUAGCCGGUUUGGCCUUGUUGUCAUCUACUUUGAACAAUUACUCCAUGGAUUGAGUGUAGUGAUUUAUAAAAAUUCUGUUUGUCCAAAAAAAAAAAAAAUUAUAUAUAUUA